CUGGCGCCCUCCCCCUCGGGCCGCGGGUUCCCGGGCAGUCUGCGCGAGGGCCGGGCCCGGCCGGCGGCCCCUCGGUUGCUAGCGCUUCUCCGCUCUACAUCGUCCCGGCUCCCGGGGGAUGCCCCGGAUCAGGUUUUCCUCCUCAUGGCUGCCGACGUUUUCAUGUGUUCGCCGCGUCGGCCCCGCAGUCGGGGCCGUUCGGUGCUGCUCAAGCCUCAGGUGCCCGAGGACGACGACGACUCGGACACAGACGAGCCGUCUCCGCCGCCCCCCUCCGGCGUGGCCACUCCAGCCCGGGCUCACGCGAGCGCCGCGCCGCUGCCGCCUCGGGUCGGGCCGGGCCGCGAGGAGCCUCCGCGCCGACAGCAGAUCAUCCACAGCGGCCACUUCAUGGUGUCCUCUCCGCACCGCGAGCACCCGCCCAAGAAGGGCUACGAUUUCGACACGGUCAACAAGCAGACGUGCCAGACCUAUAGCUUCGGCAAGACCAGCUCCUGCCACUUGUCCAUCGAUGCUUCGCUCACCAAGCUCUUCGAGUGCAUGACCCUGGCCUACAGUGGGAAAUUAGUGUCUCCAAAGUGGAAGAAUUUCAAGGGCCUGAAACUCCAGUGGCGGGACAAGAUCCGGCUCAACAACGCCAUCUGGAGGGCAUGGUAUAUGCAGUAUUUGGAGAAGCGCAAGAAUCCGGUGUGCCACUUUGUCACUCCACUAGAUGGCUCUGUUGAUGUAGAUGAACACCGUCGGCCAGAGGCCAUCACCACAGAGGGCAAAUACUGGAAAAGUCGCAUUGAGAUUGUGAUUCGGGAGUACCACAAGUGGAGAACCUACUUCAAGAAAAGGCUACAGCAGCACAAGGAUGAGGACCUUUCUAGCCUGGCCCAGGACGAUGACAUGCUGUAUUGGCAUAAACAUGGGGAUGGCUGGAAAACCCCAGUCCCCAUGGAGGAAGACUCACUGCUGGACACAGACAUGCUCAUGUCAGAAUUCAGCGACACCCUCUUCUCCACACUCUCUUCACACCAACCAGUGGCCUGGCCCAAUCCACGAGAAAUAGCACAUCUGGGAAAUGCAGACAUGAUCCAGCCAGGCCUGAUCCCUUUGCAGCCCAACCUGGACUUCAUGGACACCUUUGAGCCUUUCCAGGAUCUCUUCUCCUCCAGCCGAUCCAUUUUUGGCUCCAUGUUGCCUCCUCCUUCGUCAGUACCUGCCCCAGAUCCUAGCAGCCCACCUUCUCAGGGGAACCUCGUGCCAAAUACAGCUCUCCCUCCUGUGAGCCUGCCCAAUAGCCUCAUUGCAUCUUCUACAGCCCCCUCCCUGGAUCCCACAGAGGGGCAGGGUUGUGAACGCACAUCCCAACCCGUGGAUUCAUUUAUCCAGCCUGCAGACUUUGGUCACUCUGAGCCACCACUGAGUGUCCCACAGCCCUUCCUCCCUGUCUUUACCAUGACCUUACUUUCGCCUGGCCCUGCCCCCGCACCUGUUCCAACUGCAUUGCCCUUAGUUCCUUCACCUGCCCCUACUCUGAACCCCCCAACUCCACCAGCUUUCCUGCAGCCACAGAAGUUUGCUGGAGUCAGCAAAUCGACCCCUGUCAUUACCCACACAGCCUCUGCAACCCUUACCCAUGAUGCUUCUGCCACCACCUUCAGCCAGAGCCAGGGCCUUGUUAUCACAGCACACCAUCCUAGCCCCUCCUCAUCCCCCUGUGCUCUAGCACUGUCACCUGUACCCCAGCCACCAGCUGUGGGACCCCCCCAACCUCAUUUAACUUUUAUACACCCCAAACCUGUGUCCUUGACUGGAGUGAGACACAAGCAGCCCCCUAAAAUAGUGCCUGCUCCCAAACCUGAGCCUGUCUCCUUGCUGUUGAAGAAUGCCUGCAUUGCUCCAGCUGUCUUCUCAGGCCAACCGCAAAAGGUGAUGAUGACAUCAACUCCUCUGAAGAGAGAAGGGAUUCUAGCAUCUACCGUGUCCCCAUCCAGUGUGGUUAUUGCCUCUGCUGCCAUUACCAGGGCUUCUGGAGUCCCAGAGUUCCUCAGCCACAGCACGAGCAGCCAGCCUAACCCUGUCUCUCGGCUCUUUUCUCCAAGUGCAGUGCAAGACUCCCUGGUGAAGGGCGAGCAGGUCUCUCUGCAUGGGGGUAGUUCCCAGGUCCCUGCCACGGGCUCUAGUCGUGACUGCCCCAACUCAGGCCAAGCCUCUCCAUGCCCUUCAGAACAAAGUCCCAGUCCUCAGUCUCCCCAGAACAACUGCUCAGGGAAAUCUACAGACCCCAAAAAUGUGGCUGCAUUAAAGAACCGGCAGAAGCACAUCUCAGCUGAACAGAAAAGGCGCUUCAAUAUCAGGAUGGGCUUUAACACCCUCAAUAGUUUGAUCUCCAAUAAUUCCAAGCAGACCAGCCAUGCUAUCACUCUGCAGAAGACCAUGGAGUACAUCACCAAGCUGCAGCAGGAGCGGAUGCAGAUGCAAGAGGAGGCCCGGAGGUUGCGGGAGGAAAUUGAGGAGCUUAACACCACCAUCAUCUCCUGCCAACAGCUGCUACCUGCAACAGGAGUCCCUGUCAACUGCCGCCAGUUUGACCACAUGAAAGACAUGUUUGAUGAAUAUGUGAAAAGCAGGAUCCUGCAGAAUUGGAAAUUCUGGAUUUUCAGCAUGAUCAUCAAGCCACUGUUUGAGUCUUUCAAGGGAAUGGUAUCCACCAGCAGCUUGGAGGAGUUCCAGCGGACGGCACUUUCCUGGUUGGAUCAGCACUGCUCUUUGCCUGUCCUCAGGCCAAUGGUACUGAGUACCCUCCGACAGCUGAGUACCACCACCUCCAUCCUGACAGAUCCCUCCCAGCUGCCAGAGCAAGCAUCAGAGGCUGUUACCAGGAUUGGCAAGAGAUCGGGGGAGUCCUAAGCUUAGUUGGCAUGUGUCUGCAUGAGAUGCCUAGAGAGCCCCCUCAUACCCUUUCUGACACACUGCCUCAGGGCUGCCCUUGACUCCAGUGGCCCAUUGCACUUGUCAGGAUGCUGCGCUCGCUCAGGUCUGAAGCAGGUUGAGGCCUGCCAGCAGCACUUCCCAUCUUGGGAACCUUAGCUGUGACCUCCUAUUCCGUGACCUCAGUCAUCAGUCUCCCCUGCCUUUAGGGUGGCCCAGACAAAGGGAAACAUCGGCUGCUCCAGUCCUGUUCGCCUGGUGUCGUAUUAGGUUCCAGGGCCAGCAUGUGCAAGACAAGGAGACAAAGCCUGUUCCUGUAGAUAGGAUCAUCCGGGUCCUUCAGAAUUCCUUUCUUGAGACUUCAAGACUUGGCCCCUGUCACAUCCUUAUGUAUUUGUGCUCCUCUGGCAACCCCUGCACACUUUUUGGGCUCUAUAGCAGCAGUGAAGUCUCUCCAUUUCCUGUGACUCCAUCAGCAUCUAAUCCUCUGAGUUACUGUUCCAACCUCUGCAGAAAGGAAUGUACCGCCUCCCCAGUGUAUUCUAUUGAAGGGGAAAUCUUCUCCACAUACCCCUGAGCACACAUGGAAAACAAUGGCCAUGGAGGCCAACUGGACAGGAUGAAGGCACCAGCAAUUCGAAGCUGCUGUGCUGCCUCAAACUCCCCAGGCAACGUCUUGACUAUGUCUUAGUUCUAUCUGCAUUGUAGUCGCCGUGACGUUUCAACAUUGCCAGGGCCUCCGCCUAGAGCUUCUGAGGCCUCCUGGCUGGGACCCUCCUGUGCCUGUUCUCACCCAAUCUACUCUGCAGCUGUGGGAGAAGCAGAUACACUCCUGGGAGGGUGUCACCCUUGGUUUUAGCAUUCAAAGGUCACACUCCAUGAUGCUGGCCUUUUAUCUGAAGUUUAGCUGGAGCUCCAAACCAGGUCACUUCUCAGACCAAAGAUUUCAUCAUACUAAAGUCUGUCUCAUCUUGAAUGAGGAGGAAGAAACAAAAUGCUGUCGAGCAAGAUGUCAAGGAGUCAGCCCGUGAAGCUGCCUCCAGGGUAGCUGGUAAAGUGCUGUGCUCAGAUUUUGGACCAGUGAAGUUUGGAGUGUGGCACGUGUCUGAAGGUUCAAGUGUUCCAGUGUGUGUUACAGAUGGUAGAGACACAGAAAGGUUAGGGGAAGGGGGGACUUGACCCUCAUCCCUGUCUCUGCUGCCUCUGAGGUGCUGCAGGUGCUGAGGUACUCUCUGUAGCACUCAGGGAGCCCCGGAAAGGGUACCUCCUGGAAGAACAUGCUUUCUUAUUCUGCUGUAACACCUAGAGCAGGCAGCAGGCCUUGUCUCAGACUCUGUCCUCCUGGCCCUGCCUCACCAUGCUGCCUGUCCUGAGAAGGCCACAUGAAGAGGGGAGCCCAGGAUAUCCCCUGAAUUUCUGAUCCAUUCGGAAGCUCCUGCUGCUGAUGCCUAAGCCUGCCCUGGAUUAGGCAGUUGGAGGACAAAGAAAGGGUAGGGGCUGCCAGCCAUGUCAACAUUUAUGCUGUGAGCCUCUAGCCAAUUGCUUACUCCAUUGUCUAACUUCUGUCCAGUAUGGGAAUAGUUUGGUAGCCCUCCUCAGCCGUCCCCCAAAAAUGUGUUUACAGGUUGAGGGAAGAACUCAAGGCACAUAGGCUGGGCCUUGGCAUUUCCACCAGGCACCCCUUCUUUUCCCAAGGACAAGGUGAGAUUGUUCUUCAGAAGGUGAAGGUCACUGGUAAGAAGGAAAACUAAACUGCUGCUGUGAGGUCGAGAAGCCCAGCCCUUCCUCCUCCCAGGCCACACAAAACAGGCCACAGCAUAGCCGUGUAGGACUUCGGUUCUCUCCUCCCCUUGUAGGGGAGUAACCUUGUUUCUAAAACUCUAUGGGUGCAAGAUUGGCCUUUGCUUCUCUGGCCUACCUCUCCCUUUUGCUGAGUUAAUUUCAUCCUGUUUCCU